CAGAGGUCGGGUGGGAUGGAGAAGAGCAGCUUCGCCAUGGCCAAGUUCGGUUUGGAGGGCAAGGAGGCUCUGCCCAAACGGGAUUGUGGGUUUUAUGUGAAGUACAUUUUCCUCUUCACCUCCCUCAUCCAGUUCCUCAUCAUCCUGGGGCUGGUGCUGUUCAUGGUGUAUGGGAACGCUCAGGCGGGCACCCACACCCACCUCAAGGUGCUGGAGAGAGAGGUCCAGGAACGAUACAACAAAUACAGCCUGGUGAGCCAGAGGAACACCAACCUGAGCAGAGCCCUCAACGCCACCAUCAAGGAGAAGCAAGGGCUGCAGGGGCAGCUCCAGAAGGUGAAACAGGACCUGGAGAAGUGUAACAGCACCCAAAACCCCAAUCCCAUCCCCAAGGAGAUGUUGGAGAUCAUGUUCUACCAGAAGAUGAGUCUGGACAGCUGCCACGCGACAGUCACCGACAUCAACAGCACCUGCAACAAGGACAAAGCUGCGCUGAGGACCCAACUGGACCAGAGAGCCCAGGCUGAGAAGGAGCUGGAGCAAAACUGCCGCAAGACCAACGACACCUUGAGCGAAGCCAGGAAGGAGCAGAAAAACUGCCAGCAGGUCCUGAACGACACCCGAACCCUCUGGGAAUCCACCAGAACCAACCUGGGGCUGCUGAAGGACGAGUGCAGGACCCUGAGGCGCGAUGUCAGCUACACCUUCCAGCGCAUCAAGGAGGUGCUCAGCCCCUACGCCUGCGGUUCGGUCCAGGAGGAGCUGAGCUGGCUGACCCAGCAGGCGGAGAGACUUUUCCUUUGGCAGCAGGACCGGGAUACAAAAUACGUGGGGAAAAGUGUCUGUGACAUGAACCUCUUCCAGUCCCGCCUCAACUGCUCCCGGGAGAAGCAGGAGUUGGAAAAAAGGCUGCGGGAUUCGGAGAAGGAGGUGAAGGGGGGAGAGGAGGAGAGGAAGAAGCUGCUGCUGGAGAAGGAGAAGAUGGGGAAGGAGCUGGAGGAGAAGAGCAAAGCUGCAGCCCAGGUUGGGCACCUCUGGGGACAGCUCAACCUGUGCCUCAACUCCAAGAUGGGGGCUUUCUUCGACAUCCCAGGCUUGAGGGCACCAGCUGGGGGGGGCACCCGGCCGGGACCCUUCCCCAACACCGGCUCCUAUAUGGAUGUUCUGAGCCAGGGCAUCUUCGGGAAUAUGGGCAAACCCAAGCCGGAGGAGCUGCAGCAGUUUGCACAGAAGAUGCUGGAGCAGUUCCUGUCCCCACAGAAAAACCCCAGUGGUUAACAGCCCAGCAGCCCCCCCCAAAACGGCGGCGAGGGGCUCCAGGCCAAGCCCAGGAGGUGCUUCCCGUGGCACGGACGGCAAACCCAGACCUGGACCCGGCUGCUGGCACUGCCCUCAUCCUGCCCCCCACCCCGGGACCACUUUCCCCUCUCCCCUUUUCCCUCCUCCUCCCUUUCUGUCCCCCCUAGGGGCCCUUUCUGGCCCCCCUAAAGCUUGGCGAGGGGGUGGCUCCCAGCUGGAAAUACAGCCCUGAGCCCCGACACAACUCAUCACACGUCUGGCUGGGGACUGGGAACACCCCCUGCGUGUCCUUGGCUGUCCCCACGGGUGAGCGGGAAGCCCUUGACCACCAAAGAUCCUUGGGGAG